UUGACAUGCAGAUGUUCUGCCCUUCCUUGCUCUUCCUUCAAAACACAUUUAUUGAUUUAUUUUUCGGCAGCUAAGAUAUCUUUAUUUCAAAUCACUAUUAAUAUAAUUCGGUUUAAAGCUGCUGUAUCGGUCUUUGAUUUGUUUUGUCAGUAAUCUGUCUGUCGUUGAUGUUCUGGGUGCCGUUCAGAAACGAUUUACACACCUGAGGUUAAUUUUUAAUCUGUAAAUAAGAUAUUUUCUUGGACUCCGAUUUUACUGAAAUCUACACCAACAUGAAGAACAUAUUUCUCCUAAUUUUUCCCUCAAUGUUCGUGAAUGGUGUGUUUGGUAUCGAGACAGGUAAAAUGAAAACAUUGACAGUGAUGGAGGGAGAUCCUGUCACUCUAAACAUUUGUGCUGAUACACUACCGAAAGAUGGUAAAAUUGUGUGGAUGCUUGGAGAAAACAUUAUAGCAAAAAUGAAUAAGGAAACCAAUGAAAAAAAUGUAUAUGAUGAUGAUGAUGGGAUAUUCAGAAACAGACUGACGCUGAACUAUGACACGGGAUCUCUCAUCAUCCGGAAUAUCAGAAUCAACCACUCUGGAAUCUAUAAAGCGAUGAUCAGAAGCGAAAGUGGAACCUCAUACAAUAAUUUCAAUGUGUCUGUAAUUGAGGUGUUUAAUGCAGAAAGUGAUAAACUGAAGCCAGUGUCAGUGAUGGAGGGACAACCUGUCACUUUAACCACUGAUGUAACAAUUAAGAAAGAUGAUUUGAUACUGUGGAGUUUUGGACGAGCCACAAACAAAUGUGUCUAUAAUGCCAUUCAUCAUAUCCCAUGUAAUAUCGAUGCUGCUGCCAUAGCUAAAAUGGAUGGGGAAACCAAAGAUAUCACUUUAGAUGAUGGUGCUGGUGAGAUAUUCACAAACCACUUGCAGCUGAACCAAGAAACUGGAGAUCUCACCAUCACAAAGACCACAACUGGACACUCUGGAGUUUAUAUACUACAGAUCACUAAUAAUAGAGCAACCAAAUACAAAAGAUUCAAUGUUACUGUCAGUGCCAUGACAGAGUCCGACCAUAUACAUCCACACUGGAAAACAUCUACUAUAGUGCUUGCAGUACUGGUGACCAUCAUGAUUAUUGUGGCUGGGGUCAUUAUAUACAAGAAAUUGUCCACAGACAGUCCUUUAUGAAUGAAGGUACAUCCAACAGCACCAGUAAGGAUUCUUUUAUAGAGUCUGUUACAGAGAAGAUGAGUGAUCCUGAACCUCAGCGAGUGAAGCAUGAAGAUACUGAGGAACAAAGAGACCUCAUGGAAGUGACAGAAGAAAGUGAAGAACCCAGUGGAGUGAAGAAGACCAAGGCCAAAAAAUCUUUUACCUGCCAUCUAUGUGGAAAGAGUUCAGGGCGUAAAAACUUUCAUAGGCACAUGAGAAUCCACGCUGGAGAGAGGCUGCACACAUGCUAUGAGUGUGGAAAGAGUUUUAAACGAAAAGAACACCUUAUGAAGCACAUUCAGCUUCACACUGGAGAGAAACCACACUCGUGCCAUCAGUGCGGAAAGAGUUACAUACGAAAAGAAGAGCUGACGAAGCACAUAAGAAUCCACACUGGAGAGAAGCCCUUCACUUGCCAUCAGUGCGGAAAGAGUUUCACAGAAAAUAGAGGCCUUACAGAUCACAUAAAAAACCACACCGGAGAGAAGCCUUACACAUGUAAUCAGUGUGGAAAUGGUUAUGUUAGUAAAGGAUGCCUUAAGGAUCACAUGAAAACCCACUCUGGAGAGAAGCCUUUUACAUGUGAUCAGUGUGGAAAGAGUUUUUUACGGCUGAAGGGGUUGAAACAACACCAGAAAAUACACACCGCUGUGAAAAAUUAUGUGUGUUUUGAGUGUGCAAAGUCUUUUACUGCCGCCGGCGAUUUGGAAAAGCACGAGAGAAUUCACACCGGCGUAAAACCUUACCAGUGUUCCCACUGUGACAAGAGAUUCACUCAGUCAGGACAGCUGAAAAAACAUGAGACAACCCACACUAGAGACAAGUUCAUGUGGGAGAUGUUCCAUCAAACCAUGUCAUCUAACGAUUCAUAUGAGAAAGAAAUCUAUGUGACUCAAAUUGGGCAUAAGGAGCAAAAGCUCAUUUGCCCUAUUGGUCGUCAGUGUGGAAAGAGUUUCACACGAAGAGAAAGCUUUCAGAGUCAUAUCAGCGUUCACACCGGAGAGAAGCUGCACUCUUGCCGUCAGUGCGGAAAGAGUUUCGCACAUAAAUAUAACCUUAAGAGACACAUGCGAAUCCACACUGGAGAGAAACCGCACACAUGUGAUCAGUGCGGAAAGAGUUUCAUACAAAAAGCAACCCUUAAGGCACACAUGCUAAUUCACACUGGAGAGAAACCACACACAUGUGAUCAAUGUGGAAAGAGUUUCACACGAAGAGAAACAUUUCGGAGUCACAUCAGAAUUCACACCGGAGAGAAACCACACACUUGCCUUCAGUGUGGAAAGAGUUUCACACAUAAAGAAAACCUUAAGGCACACAUGCAAAUUCACACCAGAGAGAAACCUUUCAUGUGCCAUCAGUGCGGAGAGGGUUUCACUGAAAAAAGAGUCCUUAUGAAUCAUAUCGAAAAUCACACUGGAGAGAAACCGCACACAUGUGAUCAGUGUGGAAAGAGUUUUUCACUGCUAGCUCGCAUGAAACAGCACCAGAAAAUACACACCGGUGUGAAGAAUUACAUGUGCUUUGAGUGUGAGAAGACGUUUUCUAGAGACGGCGAUUUGAAAAAGCACCAGAGAAUUCACAGUGGAGAAAAACCUUACAUGUGUUCACACUGUCACAAGAGAUUCACUCAGUUGGUUAAUCUGAAAAUACACGAGAUGAUCCACACUGGAGAGAAACCGUACCACUGCCAUCCAUGUGGGAGGAGUUUCCUCCGAGCAAGUUAUCUAAUGGAUCACAUGACAAAGAAUCAUCCAAAGUAA